ACCGAUUCGAGCACGGUAACGAACGGCGCGAACCUCUCAGAUCAAGCAAAAAUCAACCACUGCUGCUGCAGCUGCUGCAAAUAAAAAUGCUGCAACUGGCAGACAUCUAGGCAGCUGAAGAGGAUUAAGAUGGAAAAAAAAACUGUCCUCUAUUUUGAUUUGAAACCGGUGCUUGUAUAAGUGUGUUUGUGAUGAGCUUAAAGAAAACUGUUGAUUGCUUUCCAGCUUUGGCCGUUUUUUGGUGAAAUCAGAACCAGCAAUCGGGUUGUUAGAGGGAAUUGGUAAUUGUUGAUGCAAGUCGUGAAGAUCAUGUGCUGCCCCCUGGACUCUCAACUCAAGUCAGCAAAAUUAAUUCGUGUCGUCCAAUACUGCUGUGGUUGGAUUUUUUCUUAGUGUGAAUUUAAGUUUGAAAUUAUGCACAUUGAUCAAGCUUUUCUUUGCGUGUUCCGACACCGUAGCUUCGGUGCUUGAGCAUAUUGGGCAGGUGAUACUUUGAACUGCUACUGAGAGCAGCGUGGUUCAACCGACAUCAAUUUCGCAAAUGGAUAGCAGCAAGAAGAAAGCUCGUUCUAAGAAUGAAAAUAAAAUGAAUGAAAUCUAAGAAUAAUGUUUAACACUGAAGUUCGGAAGUGUAGUGGAAGUGUGUCAACAGCGUCACAACGAUGAUUAAUUAUGCAACAAACUACGGCGAUCGAAUCGAUGUAACGCGUCAGUCUACGGUUCGUCAUGCCAGGUGGCAGCGGUAAUAGCGGCGACAUUAGCAUCUGACAUGACCUAAAUCCGGUGUGGCGCCCUCCACCUGCGCAUUCGGGUUCCCUCUGUUUCCUGUUUGAAUGCCUGUUGUUUUGUGAUUCGGAGCCAGCCGCGAAUAACAGUGAAUCUAAGUCUGUAAAUUUAUAAGCUAUCGUUUAAAAUCCCAUGCAAUUAUAGUAGCAACAGCAGCAACAUACAUUUAAAUCGAAAUGUUCUUAGCUUAUGCAACUCUGUAUAUACGUGCGCCCAGUGUACAGCUUUCGUGUAAAUAGUAUUGUGUGCAUCAAUCUGUCCUAUCGCUGUUUCACGAACGUUUUAGAGUACAGAUAAAGUGUUUACAAUUUUCACCAGAGCAAAUCUUGUUAGGUAGUACAUGUUGCAAAUCGAGAUAUAAAAUCCAAAAGUAUUUCCAGCAGUUUUCUCCCCAAAGUUAAUCAUGAAUCGUUAAAACUAGUAUAGAGAGUUAAAUUUGCCAGUUAAGCCAAAUUAGUCCCACAACAGAAAGGGGAAAUAAUAGCCGUUAAAUACCGUAAUAAUAUCGCGAAAAAAAACUCAUCAAUCUAGAAACAAGUGUUAAAGUUAGUUAAGAGUUCACAACAGUAAUAAACCAAAAUAUGAAGAAAUAGUUUAGCCACUGAAGAAAUAGCGAAGAUUCCUGAAAGUAGUGAAUAAUUGCUUCAAACCAUACACCCAAGUUAUUCUGCCCUAUAGUCCCUGUGCAUGUAAGCGUAAGCGUGCAUGUGCUUGUGUAUGUCUGUACAAAAUAUGCAUAACGAGUGCUUCUCAUCAUGCAAAAGCAGCAUUUCGAAGCAAUUCCAAACUACCGCAUAAUGGUCGCCGUAGCAGUGCUUGUGUAGUGAAAAUAACGAGAGAAAAAAAGGAAAGUUGGUCUACAAACAGAAGGCGAAAAUAGGUAUAUAGUGGAAGCCGACCGUAAUUGUAGCUAUUAGCUGGAAACAAUAUAAAAUAAUAUCAGCCGCAACUUUGGCUCGCUGAUUGUUGGAGUAGUGAAAGUUCCAUCCGAAGUAAAUUGUCUACCUUCUAAGAAAUAGAGAUUGUUUCCCUUUCGCUUACUCUCUGGAUAUUGGAAAAAACGGGCGGCGAAAAUGGAGAAAAUUCAGUCAGUCUUAGGCGUUUGCCAAUCGUCUGAUGUGGAAUAUGGCUACGAAACAACGAGUAAUUAAGCGAAGACGUCCUACUGAUUGAGUGUAACAAAUUUAUCAAAAAUUGUGCAAUGUUCUACGAUAAUUACUCAUCCUGUGGAAGUUCAUAGUACUAUUCGUGUUUAUCUCAAUCAAUCCAUAUCGUUAGCUUCCAUUAGAUGGUGGCUUUGAAACUGUUCAACCAAACGAGACACACACACAGUGAAUGUGAAGUGCUUGACCGAGAAUAAUUGAGCAAUGCUUACAUGAGUGUCCAAUACGAUCGAGAACAGCAACCAGCAUUCCAACAAGCGAAACAAUGACGGAUGCAACGACGCCUAGCGACGGGCAAGGCACAACUGGAGCGAAGCAGCAAGUCGUUGCGUACACGGAAAAAUCGCAGGAUAAGCAUGAGUCGCGUCACAUUCAGCUGGUACGGGAGUACGGCUUCCAUCCGCGAUCGAAGGUACAGGUCGAGGAUGGGGCCGUGCUGCCCCGCAAGUUCGAACCCUUUCCGGACGACAUGUAUGGCCGGCCACUGGAGGAAAUCGAUAACUUCAUCUAUGAAGAGACUUUCUGCGUUGUGUCGAAGCGAUUUCGGAAAAACUACAUCCAUCGGUUCACCGGAACCAAGAGUCUGUUCUGCUUCACUCCGUGGAGCCCCACCCGACGUGCCUGCGUGUAUCUGGCGACAAACCAGUUCUUCGACUACUUCGUCAUGGCCACCAUUCUGUUCAACUGCAUCUUCCUGGCAAUGUCCGAGACGAUCGAGGAAGCGGAGUAUAUAUUUUUAGCAAUUUACACUUCCGAAAUGAUAAUCAAAAUGAUAGCUAAGGGUUUUAUAUUGAAUAAGUACACUUACCUGCGGAAUCCGUGGAAUUGGCUGGAUUUCGUGGUAAUCACCAGCGGGUAUGCGACAAUCGCACUGGAUGUCGGCAAUCUGGCCGGCUUGCGGACGUUUCGAGUUCUGCGGGCCCUCAAGACGGUGUCGAUAAUGCCGGGCUUGAAAACUAUAAUCAACGCGCUGUUGCACUCCUUCAAACAACUGGCGGAGGUCAUGACGCUCACAAUAUUUUGCCUGAUGGUGUUUGCCCUGUUCGCGUUACAGGUAUAUAUGGGCGAACUGCGCAACAAAUGUGUCAAAAAUAUGCCGGAAGGUUGGAACAUCACCUACGAGGAGUGGCGAAUGUGGGUGAACGAUACCGACAACUGGAUAAUCGAUGACGAGGGCUUGCCAAUGUUAUGUGGGAACCUUACCGGGGCUCGCCACUGUCCAUCAGAAUAUACGUGUCUCUGCGUGGGUGAGAAUCCGAACCACGGAUACACCAACUUCGACAACUUCAUGUGGUCAAUGCUGACAACCUUCCAGCUGAUUACGCUUGAUUAUUGGGAGAACGUUUACAACAUGGUACUAGCGGCAUGUGGCCCAAUGAGUGUGUCAUUUUUUACCGUCGUAGUAUUUUUCGGUUCGUUUUAUUUAAUCAACUUGAUGUUAGCCGUAGUUGCUCUCAGUUAUGAGGAAGAAGCGGAAAUUACCAAUGAGGAACGACGGAAAGACCUGAUCGACCAUCGGGAUGAUUCCACUUUCAGCUUCGAUCCGGCUAGUUUGAAUAUGAAGCAAUUAAGCAAGCAGCAUCGGAAGAAACUGGACGCCCGGAAGGGAGUUUUGCUGGCAUCCUAUUCGCGGAAGAAAACCCGGCGGAGAAAAAAAGGCAAAGAAAACUGCGAUGGACGGAACGAGAACAAUUAUUCUAAAAGUCGCUCAGUGACACCGAGUCCCAGCCAGAGUCCAAGACACAGCAUAGUGAGACCACAGGCACUAGCACUGCAGCGAACGAAAGGAAUGCUGGCGACGACGCCGAAUGUGACGCCCCCGUUGCCACCCGCUCAGCACCAGAAUCCGAACACCUUGCACCCUUUAGGUCCCCACUAUCGAGGUCAGCUGUUACCGUCGAGUCGCCAGGCCAGCUCCAAUGCCAGCGAGGGUGGCGUCAACAGGGAGUCCUCCCUGGACGAUUCCGGGGUGGUGGAUGAUCACGAGGAGCAGGACGUCAUCGGUACCGAGCUGGUGCAUCCCGCACUGGUAGAGCAGCGAGAGGUAACACCGGUCACAUUAGCGUUAUCACCGCGGGAAGUUAGGAUAAUAAAAUGUAACGGUAAUUUAGCGAAGGUUAAAAAGCCCAACGUUUACGCCCUCCACCCGGAAUACUUGUCGCAAAUUGUUGUACUAGACGAUCUUCCUGAUAGAAAUUGUGAUAGAUGUGUUCAGUGUUGCAUUAGCUACGAAAGGUGGUUGCAGUUUCAAAAUUGUUUAUUCAAAAUUGUUAAGGAUCCACUGUUUGAAUUAGGGAUCACACUAUGUAUUGUUUUAAAUACAUUGUUUUUAGCGUUAGAACAUCAUGGUAUGAAUGCGAGCGUGCGCGAUGCAUUAGAUAUUGGCAAUAGGGUUUUUACAUCGGUUUUUACACUCGAGUGCAUAUUGAAAGUGUUGGCCCUGUCGAAGGAUUUUUUCUUAUGUGGCUGGAACAUUUUCGAUCUGAUUAUCGUUUCAGCCAGUUUGCUUGACCUAAUCUUCGAGCUAAUGGAGGGCCUAACCGUGCUACGAGGGCUAAGACUGUUACGGGUACUGAAACUAGCACAAUCAUGGACGACGAUGAAGGUCUUGCUAAGUAUUAUCAUAUCCACAAUAGGUGCUCUAGGUAAUUUGACGUUCGUGUUGGUGAUUGUUAUCUAUAUUUUUGCCGUUAUCGGAAUGCAAUUGUUUUCUAAAGACUACACACCAGACAAGUUUGCGCCAGAUCCGGUGCCAAGGUGGAAUUUUAACGAUUUUUUCCAUUCGUUCAUGAUGAUUUUCCGCAUCCUGUGCGGAGAAUGGAUUGAGCCACUCUGGGACUGCAUGCGAGCCGAAGAAGAGCAGGGAGCCUCGACGUGUUUCGCAAUAUUUUUACCAGCACUCGUAAUGGGAAACUUUAUGGUUCUCAACUUGUUCUUGGCCUUGUUGCUCAACAGUUUCAACUCGGAGGAACUUAAAUCUAAAAAGGAGAGCUUCGAGCAGGAAGUCGGCGAGGACUCCAAGCUGGCUCGCAGCUUCGAACGCAUUCGUUCGAUCGUGCGGAAGAAGCGAAACGCCAGCAAGGAAAAGAAUGAAAACGACACCAACACCAGGCUGGAAAAACUGGUGAACGAAAUUGUCAUUAAGCAGCGAGAGGAGAAGAAAAAGUACACGGCCGCCCUGGUGGCUGCCAAGGACUCGACCAUUAUGCUGCCGACCGACUUCCAACCGGUACAGAGUGGACAGGUGUACGGGCACAGUUAUCAGGAAAAUCUAACCAAGCGAAUACCGUCGGUCGAACUAUGCUACGAGAUUCCUUUGAAAGAUCGACCACUACGAACGAUCUCCGGCAGCCAGGAGACGGUGUCCCAAAUGGAUGAACGUCAGCUACCCGAAGACAGUCAACAACCGAUGACAGAAGUGGAGCGAAAAAUUCUCCAGCAAAUGUCUUCCGGUUUCGGCACCCAGCAGAGCAAAGACGAACCGACGGUAACGGAUUCGCUCGAGCUGCGUACUUUUACCCCAUUCCGUUCUUCCGAGAUCGACCCCAACGAACAGUCGAUCCACAUUUCCAGCUCGCAACCGUACGAUGUCGCGUACCUGCAGUACCAAAAGUCGUUGCUAAAUCGAUCACCCAGCUAUCGAAAGUCACUGGACAAAACGUCCUCGCGGACCUCCAGUGCGCACUCAUUGGCCACCUCGCUGGCCAAAUGUCAUUCGCCGCUGGUUCAGGAGGUGCUGAAUGCCGGUUCAACCUACCUUCGCAAUAGCAAUAUCUCGCUCAUUCAAACGCCAACGCCAUUACCUAAACGUGAAGAUAAUCAUUUUUUAGUAGCCGAUAGGAAAAGUAGUUUAGAUAAAUCGUUAACGGCCUCUCCUCCACAGCCGGCAUCCCAGCCGUACAGCCAACCACGAUCGCCAAGUACUAGCAGUAGCAUGCGUAAAGCGGUUCUGGCCGCCAACCGACUCUCGGAUCACUCGCUCAAUACGCUUUCAAUUGAUCACGAUGAACUGAUCAACCAGAUGAACCUGAAGGACGAACUGCUCAACUGUGAACAGAAGGAGUUGUUUCAGUUCCUCAACGACGAUUUCGACAAUAGUAACAAUUAUUUCAGCGACACGGUAGGAUACGGCAGUGCAGUAGUCGAUGCGGACACGGAAAGUCUAUUGCACUCGAGAAAAGAAGACAUCAUAUAUUCACGCGAUCGGAAAAUCUCCAACGGUAGCCUAAAAUCUAACUUAAGUAGCAUAUCCAAUUCGAUAUUUCAAGCGCUGGAGAAUCGCCGAGGAGGUAGCAUAAAUGAUUCCGUAGAAAAGCAACGGCCCACGAUCGACGUGGACAGCGGGAGUCAACGGUCGAGAAGGGAUAGCGAAGACAAAGAGCCAUUGGUGAAGGCGUCCGAGUUCGACGCCAUCAUUCAUAGCUUCGAUACGGAACUCAAAAGUCUGAAGUCGCUCUCGUUGGGUCGAAGUCACUCGCAGACUGAGCCACCCGUAUCGCCGGAACCAGAACGACGAAACUCCGACACGAGCCCUGCCAAACCUGUGAUGGAAGAUGUGGUCCGCUUGCGAAGGCCCAAAUCUAGUACUGUUUGUAGUUAUAAAAAUAGCAAAGACAACAAUAACACUAAUGGCAAUAAUACUAGUGAUAAUUAUAAUAAUUGUAAUAACAAUAAUCCUAGGACUAGUACCGGUAACGAUAGUAAUAGCAGUAACACCGAUAGCAAUACUCAGCGCAGUGAAACAUCCAAGCGGCGGAGUCUGGAGAAGCAGCGCAACAUAACGGAUGAGGAGUUCAACAUGGGACUAGAAAUUAAGAAACUCUGUGAUCAAUUACAGGCACCGUUUGCUCAACACGAGUCCAACGGCGUUGGCCAGUCGCCAGUUAGUAGCAACAAUCUCAGUACAAUCCCGAUCGUGUUCCGAAGGAAAAACGACUUCCACAGCAGCUUCGAUCGCAUCAAACGACUCAGUCUGAUCGAGCGCGUCGAGGAAGGUAACGAAGAUGAAAAGACUGUAGUGCAGCCACCGAAGCCAUUGAGCGAACAGCUUCCGCGGAAGAAUCUGUCCAGAGAUCGUCUGGAAACGCUGUCACUCAAAAGCAGUUACAGCAUGGAAACCUGCGAUAAACCUUUGAACGAAACUAAUCGACAAAUAGGAAUUAGUAUACAGGAGUUUCAACGAAAUAUCGCUCAGGAGAACAGCUUGGAAAUACCGAAACCUGCACCCCUGAAGAAGACUGUUACAUAUGGUGACUCGUCCAGACAGAACAGCUCACAGAUAGCAACCCCCAAGAGGACGCCCUACAAGUCGUACGAAUCCGAUGCGCCUUUAAACCUUGCUGGGAAGCCGUGGCACUGUCUGGUAUCUUACGUAGACGACAUCACCGUCGGUGGUCGUCGAAAUUCGCAAGGUGUCUAUGACGACCCCAUGGCAUUUCCCAGUUUCGGUCGUCGGAAAGCACCGAAAAUACCGCAGGACUGCUUUCCGCAAAAAUGCUACGAGAAAUGCAAAUGUUGGGAAGCCUGCCUAAAAACCGACGCAGGUCAGCGCUGGUAUCGAUUUCGACAGUAUAUACUGCAGUACGUCGACACCCCUGCGUUCGAGUGGUUCGUGCUGGUCCUCAUAUUUGCAUCGAGCAUCACCCUCUGCUUCGAGGACAUCCACCUGGACAAGAACAAAAACCUGAAGCGGAUCCUGUACUGGACCAAUUUCGCCUUCUGUUUGAUCUUCAUCAUCGAGAUGUUGCUCAAAUGGGUUGCCCUGGGGUUUACCAAGUAUUUCUCCAGUUUCUGGACGAUACUGGACUUUAUCAUCGUAUUUGUGUCGGUAUUCUCACUGCUGAUCGAGGAGAACGAAAACUUGAAAGUACUACGCUCGCUAAGAACGUUGCGCGCUCUUCGGCCUCUGCGAGCGAUUUCCCGAUGGCAGGGUAUGAGAAUAGUAGUGAAUGCAUUGAUGUAUGCGAUCCCGUCGAUCUUCAAUGUACUCCUAGUAUGUCUCGUCUUCUGGCUGAUCUUCUCGAUCAUGGGCGUACAGUUUUUUGGCGGGAAGUUCUUUAAGUGCGUUGACGAUGACGGCGAACUACUGCCAAUCGACAUCGUCAACGAUAGAUGGCAAUGUGACGCACUGAAUUACAGCUGGAUCAAUUCUAAAAUCACAUUCGAUCACGUCGGUAUGGGAUACUUGGCUUUAUUUCAAGUGGCUACCUUCGAAGGUUGGAUGGAAGUGAUGGCGGACGCCGUAGAUGCCCGAGGCGUAGAUCUUCAACCACAACGAGAGGCAAAUUUAUACGCUUAUAUCUACUUUGUAAUUUUUAUAGUGUGCGGUUCUUUCUUUACGCUUAAUCUGUUCAUCGGAGUUAUCAUCGAUAACUUCAACAUGCUAAAGAAAAAGUACGAAGGUGGUGUACUGGAGAUGUUUCUGACCGAAUCACAGAAGCACUACUACACGGCCAUGAAGAAACUGGGCCGAAAAAAGCCCCAGAAAGUGAUCAAACGGCCGAUCAAUCAGUUUCUGGCGAUGUUCUACGAUCUAUCCAACUCUAGAAGGUUUGAGAUCGCUAUCUUCGUGUUGAUCUUCCUGAACAUGCUAACCAUGGGCAUCGAGCAUUACAACCAGCCGCAUGCGGUGUUUUUCGUAUUAGAAGUCAGUAAUGCGUUUUUCACCACCGUUUUCGGACUGGAGGCGAUUGUGAAAAUAGUCGGACUUCGUUAUCACUACUUCACGGUGCCGUGGAAUGUGUUCGAUUUCCUGCUGGUACUGGCAUCGAUUUUCGGCAUUCUAAUGGAGGACAUCAUGAUUGAUCUGCCAAUCUCACCAACACUGCUUCGCGUGGUAAGAGUUUUUCGCAUCGGACGGAUACUUCGGUUAAUUAAGGCUGCCAAAGGUAUACGAAAGUUGUUAUUUGCCUUAGUGGUAUCACUCCCAGCACUGUUUAAUAUUGGAGCACUGUUAGCGUUGAUAACGUUUAUCUAUGCCAUCAUUGGCAUGUCACUUUUUGGGCACGUACGACAACAGGGGGCCCUGGAUGACAUGGUAAAUUUCGAAACAUUCGGAAGAAGUAUGCAGCUUUUAUUUCGACUGAUGACAUCGGCCGGUUGGAACGAUGUUUUAGAAUCACUAAUGAUACAACCCCCGGACUGUCAGCUGGCCCAAGACCUAUCGAACGGUGACUGUGGCCACCCCCUGCUAGCUAUCACUUACUUCACCAGCUUCAUUAUAAUCAGUUAUAUGAUUGUAAUCAACAUGUACAUAGCUAUCAUUUUAGAGAACUUUAAUCAAGCACAUCAGGAGGAAGAAAUCGGCAUCGUGGAAGAUGAUCUGGAGAUGUUCUACAUUCGAUGGUCGAAGUAUGAUCCCCAUGCGGGACAAUUCAUACACUUUAACCAGCUGUCGGACUUUAUCGCUUCGCUGGAUCCGCCGCUGGGUAUUCCGAAACCCAACACGGUGGCGCUGGUUUCAUUCAAUCUUCCAAUAUCUAAGGGCAACAAGAUUCACUGUCUUGAUAUACUGCACGCGCUGGUCAAACAUGUUCUCGGUCAUGUCGAGGAAACUGACAAUUUCAAGCAGCUGCAGGAUCAAAUGGACCAAAAAUUCAAAAAGCAAUUCCCCACCCGAAAAGAGCUGGAAAUCGUUUCGUCAACGCGUAUCUGGAAACGGCAGGAAAAGGCUGCUAAAACCAUUCAAACGUCAUGGCGAGAAUAUCUGAGGCUUAAGAGAGAGCGCGAGCGAUCGCCGAUGUCACUGGAUGACGAGAACACACAAACAUCGAGUCCCGGUGGUUGGCAGAGUAAGUUAUCGGCGCUUAAUUUCUUGCACCUCCAGGUGCACCGUCGCGGCACAGCUACCUCAAGUCGUGCUUCGUCACGCAAGUCAUCACGCGCGUCCGACGAUUCUAACCUGAGCGAACUGGCCGGACCCUGGCUAAAUUUGCCGCUGAUGCUCGUCUCCGGUACCAGCGAUAUGGUGAAGGAUGUCAAACAGCAGCACAGCAACGGAUUGGAGCUGAAAGACACACCCGAGUUAAAGGUUCGCAGGAGAAGUUUCUAUAACUUUUUUCUGCGCCAUCAGGAUGCUGUAGAGGAAUCCAACAACACACCGCAAGCACGCAAACGCUCAUUCAAGGGCAGUGAAACCAAUUUAUCGAUAAGUGCACCCAUGGACAAAUCCCCACAAGCACCUGUGGCACCAACCACUCCUACACCGAAGCACAAACGAGCAACGAGUUUCGUCAAAAAGAAGCCACCCUUGGAGCGUGGUUUUUCGGCACAAAGCGCGUUGCGACUUAAUCGCAAUGCAUCGGUCGCUGACGAUAGUCUUUCUGCAUCGACCGCCGAUGUAAGCAUUUUAGUAACCAAGCCAUCUCCAGAUGUACCCACAGGUCCUAGCCUCAACACGAUGCCAGGUGAAGCCACAUUGGUACACGUUUUAGUUCAUCGUGAAAGCGAAGAAUACCAAUCGGACGUAGACGAUAAAGACGAGACUAAAGUGAAAGAACCCCGUGAUCCCUCCAAAGCUAGCGAUAUUAAAAUAUCUCCUGGCACGAAUAUUGAUUAUCAAAUUCUAGGUGGAAACGAAGACGGUCCCCGGCCGGUAGUUACCAUCUGCGUUGAAAGCCCUAAGGAAUCACCGGAAACCCCGGAUCAGCAGAAGGAGCUGGCUGCUCAGCAGCCGGACACUGUUAUCGACAUGAUCGAUCCAGAACCGAUCGACGUCAAUCUUCCACGCGAUACCUCCAACAUAUUCUACGAUUACGAAGAGCCGAGGGACGUGCAACCAACACCUCCGGAAAUCCCUCCAAGGUCGCAUCCUUCCCAACGCUUGCCUGAUCUAGACAAGAUCGAGUACGACGUUCAGCAGAUGAGUAGCAGCACCAGCGGUGCAGAUACCCCUUGCAGCAGCAGCAACAGCAGUCACAGCAUGACGGAUGGCCAAUGCCCACCCGGAAGUGGUAACCUGCGAAGAACCAGCUGACCAACCGAUUCGCCACCGAACAAAAACAACGACAGCGGCUGCCAUCAGCCAGACCCCAGUAGUUGACAAUCUUCAUCAACUUUUUGAGUGAAUUUUUGGCCGCCAGCUCCCUUUUGGUUCUCUGUGCUGCAAAGUAGAUGCCGACAUUUUGUACCUCAUAUCUUUACGCUUGUAGCGUAGGGGCAAGAUUCCACUAAUUGGUGCAGCACGCGACUGCAAGAACUCGAUAAGACUUUCUCUCGAGAUGUAAUUUGGUGUAGAUAAUUUCGCUUCUCCUGGUAAGAAUUUGAUACCAAACUUCGGUUCUAUCUGGCUGUAAAUAUCCAUUCUUCCCCUUCUGAUAAAAUCUGUACAUUCACGAUCGAGAAGAGUGUUAGGGUUCAAAGAAAUUUCUUUUUUAGGAAACUAUCGAAGCUUCGAUGGUAUUAGCAGAGUAAAAAUAUAUUUUUGUAUUUUUUCUAUCUGUAGGGUUAUAUAUUACCAAACUAAUUCGGGAUUUUGAUUCGCAGAAUCGAUGCCACUAAUGUACUGAAUUGAGAGGCUUUUUUGUGUUUGGACAACUAAAGUAUUCGACUGGAAUACGGUUUUUAGUUUUUGGAGGCAGUUUAGUCUCAUUAGAUGUUUCUAGAAAAGGGUUUGCAAUUGUAAUGCCCACAACGACACUAUACAUCAAAACAGGUCAAAGAAUUUCUUUUUAGAGCUUAGGGUGCAAGUAUAUCAUUAUAACGAACUGUGUUCUUCGAUCCACUUUGUAUUUUGAGCUUGACAUUACUGAGGACUUGCUGUCUUCCACUGACGAAUUUUAAAACUUUCCUCAACAGUCGGUACGGUCACAGUGAUGCACGAAAUGAAGUUUUUUCAUUUAUCUCUUUUGUUUUCGAGGAAAGCAAGAAUAAGGCAAUCCACGGGUGACGUUUUUUUGCUUGUACGUUUGUUAUUGUUGGUGUUUUUCAAGCUGUAAAAUCAAAACACGGCCAAAACCGAAAUCUUUUAAUGUCGGCAAUAAUAUCAAAAGUGAUUUUAUAUUGUUGUAUUUAGGAAUGGCACUCGCGAUACUAGAGCUACCGAUCGGAUAACAUUUGUUUUUCACGCUUCUGGAUCCGGAUUGCAUGCAAGUUGAGACCGAUCGAACAUACAUAAAGCUGUCAUAAGUUGAAAACAGACAGAAAUCAGCUGAUCGCAACUGUCUCGUGGAUUGCCUUAUACAAUCUUUUUCAUUAUGUUCAUUUUAAGUUUCAUUCAAGUUCCACUGGAAAAAAAAUUUCUGCUAGAAAAAAAAACAUUUCAGGUUUAAAUUGACAAAAGCUUCAAACUUACCUAAAAGCAAACUAAAACAUUUCAAUAGGUAAUAAAACCUACUUUAGCCUUCAGUACCUCUUGCUGUCUCUUCGGCAUGCUCUCCGCAAGGUUUUUGAGAUGUUGUAUGUCGAGUUCUUUCCAGACGCGUUCCACGGCUUCGAAAUAACUGUUUUUGGUGGUUUUGUCAACCCGGACGUCGAGAUUGAUCCGAUAAUUUUCAAUGGCGUUGAGGUCCGAGAUUCGUGAAGGCCAUUUCAUCGGUUCGAUGAGGCGCCACCGAAAGAAUGACUAGGUGAGCUUGGCUGUGAGCUUGGGUUCGUUAUCCUGCUAAUAAACGUAACGAUUUCCAAGCUCCGUCUUGAGCAAUGCAACUUCGAAAUUUUCACAUGGGAUUUUGCAGUAUAAGUCUGCCACCAUGAGAAGUGCGCCUUAUUUGCUCAACACUUUCAACAGAUAUCUCGUAGCUCUACGGCUACAACGGCAGAGAUUGGCUCAACUGGCAGGAUAGUAUCCCCAGAGACGUCAUUGACUUCAACUCAUUCGUGAUAACUAACCGCCAAGUGGAAGCUGCAAUAGACAAAACGCAUUCUUCUUCCGCUCCUGGGCCUAAUGGUUUUUCUUCUUGCAUUCUGAAAAAAAAUUAAAGCUAUAUUAGUACGCCUACUAAACUUGCCAUUUAACUUUUUUUUUUAACUCAAAUAUUUAUUUAGGCUCAACCGCAAAGCAUAACGGGGCUGAAUAUCUUUUGGAGUUAGGAAAAGCAAGCUUGAGUAGAGCCUGUAUCCCGACUGCUCCUCCUCAAACAGGCAUAAAAACCCUCUCAUCUUUUCUCUUUUAUAAAUACAAUUUAAAAAUACAUAUCAUUUAAACCUACGGCUAACAAUAACAAUAACAAUUAAAGUUUUUCUCUGUAUGAGUAAAUAUCAUUUCUUAAUACUAUUCGCUGGGGUGUGAUGGUUCCUUAUCUCUUAGAAAUCAAAACUUAUAUCUAUGUUCGGUGGAUCAUGUCUCUCAGAAAGAAGCGAUGAUUCAUGUGUCUCUAAAAAGAUCAAUAAAAAAAAAGAAGAAAAGGAACAGAAUUAGUGUGAAACUUUUUGAUGGAGGUUGUGUUGGAACAUAAGAAGAAGAAGCAAGGAGAUAAUCAAAUUCGAUACUUGAUAUCUCUCAAAAAAUCAUAAAUAGGCAUUACAAGCGCGAGGUUGCGACUAGCAAGCGCAUCCCGUACUUGCAAUGUAAACGUCACUUUUUGUUUUCGGAGAGAAUCAAUAAGCUUGGUCCUUGCUCUGUGGUACUUAGGGCAUACGAAGACUAUAUGAUCAAUAUCUUCGUACCCUUCACAUUCGCACAGAUUACUAUCGACUAAUUUUAUUCGAUAAAGGUGUGCAUUUGCAACAUAGUGAUUGGACAUUAGGCGCGAAAUAAGUCGAAUGAAAUCUCGAGUUAAAUCUAACCCUUUGAACCAAGCUUUUGCAGACACUUUGGGCGAAAUCGAGUGCAUCCAUCGCCCAAGAUCGUCUUUAUCCCAUUUUUCCUGCCAGUUUGCCAGGGCCAGUUGUCGAGGCAGGUGAAAAUACUCGGUAUAGGUGAUCGGUCUAUCAAAGAUAUCUCCUUCUAUGGCACCCCUUUUCGCUAAUAAAUCAGCUUCUUCAUUGCCUGGGAUUGAGCAAUGAGAGGGGACCCACACAAAGCAGGUAAUGAAAGACCGAUCAACCAGCACUUCUAAUAUCCGUCUAAUUUCCGGAAGGAAAUAGGACGGGUGCUUGACCGGUUUAAUCGAUCGGAGAGCUUCGAUAGAACUGAGGCUGUCCGAGAAGAUGAAAUAAUUGCCUGGUGUCUUGAGCUCGAAAAUUCGCAGCGAAUUGUGUAUGGCAGCUAAUUCAGCUACGUAUAUGUAGCAAGGCUGUGCCAGUUUGCGGGAUAUGUAAUGAUCUGUGUUAAAAAUGCCAUAUCCGGAUUGUCCAUCCAACACAGAUCCGUCCGUGAAAAAGGAGUUCUGUUCUGGGAGGUGGCCGAAUUUUGCCGAAAAUAUUGAUGGCACAACUGUUGGUUUAAGGUGUUCGGGAAUUCCAUGGAUUUCUUGUUUCAUCGUCAAAUCAAAUACAACAGAAGAAUUGUUGAGCGAUGUUGAAAUCUCACGGGAUGGAGCAACAACCGAAGGGUUUAUCUCCAUGGACAUGAACCGCUGGUAUACUGACAUACAGGGUUUCUGAACAACUUCCAAACAUUUCUCGUAGUUCGCAAUAAGUAUUGUAUUUGCUAUUUCCGAUCUAAUGAAGAAACGAAGAGCCAACUCGAAUAGCCUCUUUUUGAGUGGUAGUACUCCCGCAAUGACCUCUAGAGACAUGGUAUGUGUCGAUUGCAUACAGCCUAGAGCGAUACGCAAACAACGGUAUUGUAUCCUCUCUAGCUUCAGCAUGUGUGAGGCUGCGACUCCUCUGAAGCAUAUGCUGCCGUAUUCUAUUACGGGGAGAAUAGUGGUUUGGUAGAGUCGUAUCAAAUCCUCUGGAUGCGCUCCCCAUGAUGUUCCUGUUACCAUCCGAAGAAAAUUAAUUCUCGGUUGGCAUCUUUGCUUCAGGUAAUUGACAUGUUUUUCCCAUGUGCACUUAGAGUCAUACCAUACUCCUAGAUACUUGAAGCUAGGUGACUGAGUGAUGGGUCUUCCGGACAGAAGUAGCUCGAAACGAGGUGGUGGUCGCUUUUUUGAAAAGACUACCAUCUCCGUUUUUUCAAGCGAGAACUCGAUUCCAAGACUACUGGCCCAACCGGUCAGAUUAUCUAGCGUGUUUUGCAGGCUGUUUUUCAUGUCAACAGCCAGAGACGCCGUGACUGAUACUACGCAGUCGUCAGCUAACUGGCGCAUUGUGCAGCCGUCCGUCAAGCAUGGGUCGAUGUCACUGAUGUAGAAGUUGUACAACAGCGGACUCAGACAGGAGCCUUGGGGGAGACCCAUGUAGCUUGUUCGUGUUUUUGUUGAAGAACCGUGGUUGAAAAGUAAACGCUUUUCAGACAGCAGGUUGAUCAAAAAAUUUGUCAAUAUAGGGGAGAAUCCUCUUUGAUGCAGUUUCUUGGAAAGAAUUUCGAUUGAAACUGAAUCAAAUGCACCUGUGAUAUCCAGGAAAACCGAAGUCAUUUGUUGUUUGCUGCCAAGAGCCAUUUCUGCUUCUGUAGCUAGCAAUGCCAGGCAAUCGUUAGGGCCCUUGCCCCUACGAAAGCCGAACUGGGUCUCUGAUGGUUAGUUGAUUCUGCCCAGUUGUCAAGUCUACGCUUAUUAAACAGUUUAAGAAAUCGUAGCUUGGCCGAGUCCGACAGGUUUUUCAUCAAAUUGAAUUUGAUCCUGUCCGGUCCUGGAGCCUUGUUCUUGCAAGACGCAAGGGCAAUUGGAAACUCCAGCAUUGAAAAUUCUGUUUCUUCAAUCGCCGUUGGGUCGCUGAAUAUCUGCUGUGAUGGGACAGCAUCUGGACAUAGCUUUUUCGCGAAAUCAUAGAUCCAACGUUCAGAGUAUUCCAAAGCCUCAUUGUUGUCGGACCUAUUGCGCAUUUUCCGAGCUGUAUUCCAGAGAUAGCUCAUUGAAGUAUCUCUGGGUAGCGUGCUUAUGAAAUUUUGCCAGUACGAUCUUGUUUUAAGUUUGUGCAGUUUAGUCUGUUCCAGUUCCAGCUCUAUAAACUGAUCAAAAAGUUGAAUGGAAUGAUCUUUCCUGAAUGCUAUGUAUGCUGCUUUUAGAGUUUUUUUCAUCUCGGUGCAUUCUUUGUCCCACCAUUGUUUGUUAGGACGAAUUUUCAACUUAUUCUCAGGGGCGGGCCUCGUUUGAGAUUGCAACGCGCUAUCUAAAACUAAUGCUGCAAGAAAGUUGUAUUCGUCGGAUGGAGAAAGCUCAUCGGUUGUUUCGAGCUCCUGGGAUAUCAUGUUCGAGAAUUUUUCCCAAUCAAUAUUCCGGGUGAGAUCAUACUCUACUUCGACUGUGGUAACAGACUGAAGCCUGCUCAUAAUCGAAAUACUUAUUGGCAAAUGGUCACUACCAUGGGGAUCUUGAAUUAUCUCCCAUUUACAAUCCAAAGCUAUUGAGGAGGAACACAUAGAUAAAUCUAAAGUGCUCUCUCGUAUUGGAGGCCUUGCUAUUCGUGUAGCUAACCCAGGUAUGUUUAAUAGGGUCAAAUCGAACUUGUCUAGUAAGCUUUCAAUAAGUAUAGCCCGGCUAUCAUCUCCAGGUGCUCCCCACGCCAUACCGUGAGAAUUGAAGUCACCCAAAAGAAGGCGUGGUGUCGGAAGCAGUUCCGUUAUUUCUGCUAGCUGCAGCCGGUUUAAAGUAGCUCUAGGUGGAAUGUAGACUGAUGCGACAGUGAGGCCCUCGCCAGCAAUUGUUAUAUGGCAAGCAACAAUUUCUAUACCAUCAAUUGCUGGAAGGGGAAUUCGGAAGAAUGGGUAGCAUUUUUUGAUACCUAGGAGUACUCCACCGUAAGAGUUUCCUCGGUCUGAUCGGAUGAUGUUGAAGUCUCGAAAGGUUAGUGUCGAAUCAGUUGAUAACCAUGUUUCAGAUAGCGCGAAAAUAUCGCAUUUGGUAUCGUGAAAAAGUAGUUUAAAUUUUUCUAAUUUAGGGAUCAAGCUUCUACAGUUCCAUUGGAUGAUCCUUGUUGUCGGUUCGUCGCUCCGGUUGUCUGAAUUAGACAUCGCAGGAUACGAACGCGAGGAGGGGCCAUUUAGUGCUCAGUUGCUUACCCAACAUGCAAAUUGUCGGAAGCCAAGGACUCUUAAGAGCAUCGGAUAAACCAAAAGUGGUAAAUAUCCAUUCAAUGAUCAUUUUGAAUGAAAUACGUCCAUCAGUAGACGGUAUUUCAGAUUCCGAUGACAUCUUGUGGGUGGGGGCAGAUUGUUUCCCCGGGAGUUUGGGGAACUCCUUAUCGCAAUUAACCUUGAAACCAGGUGGUGGUGUUUUAGCAUCUUGUUUGGCAGCGGGACCUCGUGGGGUAUCAUUUAGUGUCUUCUUCUGUUCCUUUCUAGGAAGUUUUGGAGAAGAUGCACUCGGCCGUUUUCGCACAGCUCCAGUUGACGGGAGAGGCUGAUAAACUUCAUCGUCAUCGUUUGAAUCAUCGUUCUCCAAACUGGAGUAGCGAUUUUUUUCCUGCUGUAAGGCAGCCUUUAGCAUCUGAGCAAAUGACUGCUUACUGCGCUGUUUUGUCGAUUUUUUCAGUGCGUCAAAGCGUUGUUUAUAUUUUUCGCACGUCUCGACUUUGUGUGGGCUACCACCACAUAGGGAGCAUUUCGCUUCCUGCUCGCUACAAGCAUGGUUACUCUCCAUGAUUUCCCCACAUUUGCAGCAUUUGGUUUUAUUGCUGCAGUAGGUUUUCGUGUGACCUAACUGCAGACAAUUUGUACACGACAUGACUUUUGGAAUGAAAAGUCGUACCGGUAGCCUGAGCUUGUACAGCUCAAAAGUCUGGGAGCACUUUCCCUUCGAAGGUGACUCGAAACGAAUCGUUCGGAGAGUAUUUGCCCAUACUGUCCUUAGAGUACAUUCUUCGGCACUCUGAGACUUUAAUUUUUGGAAGGUUUGGGUUUUUUAACCGACCCGCUCCUUCCAAAACUUCUUUUUCUGUGAGGUCGGGUUCUGUUAUUACGCCCUCGAUCUCAGUUGCUCGAGCCGGAAUAUACACCCGGUACUCGAUUGUGAAGUUUUGAUCUUCAACAACCUCAUUUGCUUGUUGGAGAUCAGAAAAAGUGGCCUUCAAUUUAUCUGCUUCAACUUUAUAAACCUCAACCAAGCUGGUAUAUCUUGUUCGCAGAAGUUUACAAAUUUGAACGACCUUCAGGGGUUUGUUUCUGGGCCGGAAAUAAACCACCCAACGAAGUCCAGGUCGACCUUCCUGAUACUUUUUAACCCGCGUUGGUUCACCAACGGGUGCAGUAAUCAAAGCUGUCUUGCGAAGUCUUUUGCGCUUUUUCACAACGCCAAAAAACUCGCCACUACUAUUUUCGGGUAUUUCAGAAAAGUCCAGCCCGGACUCAUUACCUUCAGAGGAAGAUGAAAGGUCCGGGGGGAUAAGUAGUCCACCCACCGCCAUUUACGGCCGCAAACUGUCUAUUUUUAAAUAUUAUAUGCACAGUUUAAUAAUACGAAAAAAAAAGAAUGAUUUUAUGUGAAGGAAAGACAAAGAGGAAUAAGAAAACGUAUGUAUAUAUAUAAAUAGAAAUGAGAAAAGAGAAUGAAGUCACUUAUCUUAUCUAUGUAGAUGUGUAUCGCCAGCACCGGUUGCGUUACCGCUGCUCUAAAUGGCUGCUGAGCAGCAGCGCCGCUUACUUUCCCCCGUUGGGGUUCCACUACCAGUUGAAUCGACCUUUUAAGGGCUAUUCCCACUGCUUCCGUUCCGGGACCGGGCUCGUCCGGGACUUUUCAUGCAUUCACACUGCGCCGUGCUUGAACCGUGCCUGCGCUGCGCUCUGGCUGAGAAAUGUUGAUGUGUGUAUGUGAAAGAACGUCUUUCUCUUUUUUUCGUACCGCAGCUCACUCAGCGCGAAAUAUGUCACUACAACAUACACGCAUCCACCCGAGUGCCUUCCGUGCACUUUCCGGCCAACAAAAAGUAUCGUCGGCAACGAUAGUUUUUCUCUCGCACUGCGGCAGCACAACGGCAACUCAACGCUGCCCCGGUCUGGGCACGGCGCGUCGGUGUGAAUGCGUUCAUAAGAACGCAUGCAAUCAAUCUCAAACGAGCCCGGACGACACGCGGAACAGCCACGGCCCGGUCCCGGCCCGGUCCCGGAACGGAAGCAGUGGGAAUAGCCCUUUAUGCUGCGGGACGAGCAAUAUGAAGCCGAGUAAGCACGACACCUUUCAGCUCUCGCGCCAAAAACGCCGCUACGCUGGUAAGACGCCACUACCACACACUACACACGCCUUAUGUGUUGCGCUUGCACUGGUUGCGUUGCCGCCGCACUGAAUAUCUGCUGAUCGACAGCGCCGCCAACCGUUCCCCGUCAGGGUUCCACUAACAGUUGAAUCGUUCUUUACUGUUGCGGGACCAGCACGACACCUUUCAGCUCUCGCGCCAAAAACUCACUGCACAUGCGAACGCUAAAAAGAAGCGGGAGUAAAUUCGGAAAUACUGCAGAGCAUAUAAGAAAAACGACUCUCCUGCUCGGCUGCCGAAGAAGCAAUGCCAUUUAACUUUUCAACGGUACUCCCACAGACCGUUAUUAUCAAACAAAAAAUACCAUCAAAACAUUGAACGUCAGUUUGUUUGUUAUGAUGUUCUUCAUCUUUGGAUAAAUUCAAAAAAAAAUCGUUGAGAGCAUUUUUGAGUUAUGUCCAUUUUAUGUUAAAAUGGCCGAUAUUCUUAGGAAAUUCAUACACACUGUAAUUGGUUUUAGUCCCUCAGAUUUCAAUGGUAUAGAUAUUUUGCCUACCUAUGGGCAAUUGGCAUAACCAAAAAACAAGCCUAAAGCCUGUAGUACACUCUUUGUCCAAUGGUCAAAUAUUUGACCUUCUGACAUAAUGGUCAAAUUUAUUUGACAUCAUGGUUAUUGUUUGCCCGUGUUUGCCCCAUGUUAAAAUUGGAGAGUGACAAACAAUUAUAUUUGACCAAAUUUUUAUCUGUCAAAAAGUGACAAAUAUUUGACGCUCGGCUUCCGAUCACCUCACACCCACUCGUCCGGAGAUUUCCUCCCAGGUCGCGGCACAUAUCGGUUUGUUGUCAUAGGCAGUGAUGCCACAUAUGCAAAUUUAUCCUUAUAUAUAGGGGAAAGUAGGUAAAGACGGACACUGCGGGUAAGAUGGACACUUUCAAUAUUUCACAAACUAGAAUAUAUUAUGAUAGUUGAGUGAUGCGAAUACCUUCUUUAUAGUGUGUUAAUGCUUUUGAGUUGCAUUAUCGGUUUUCAGCAAGCAAACUGUCAAAUUUGUGAGUAAAACAAAGAAUAUUUUCUUGAACGCGCAACUUGAUGUAAUUUUUAUUUCACGGAAAAUAGUGAAAAACUCGUGAAACUUACGUGUUUUCAUUUGUUCACAAUAGUAAAGUGAUUAAUAAGUCUUUCCUCGGUUUUCUAGUGAAAAUCCAGCAGAUUUUCGAUGUUCCGAUGAAGAGCUACGAUCGUUUGAAAAAUUUACAACCAUGUCGGGCAAGACGGACACACUAAGGUAGGGAAAGAUGGACACACGGAUUUUCCAAGAAUUUUCACAUGUAGCAUCUGUUGUGUACUACAGAUGUUCACAAAGUACACCCGCGAGAGAAACCAGCAGAUUAUAAUCACUUAUCAGUUAGAACAGGCCAUAUAGGCGGAGAAUUUUCGCCUUCAUCGAAACCCAUCCUCUCAAACUGUUCACGUGAUGUAUAGAUAGACUCUAAUAACGUAGAGUAAUGUAUGGCCAUCACUUAACACAUAAAUCAAAAGAAUACUUAAAGGUGGACACUCACAAAAAAGAUGUAGUGUGAGUGUCCACCUUUACCUUCGUAGUGUCCAUCUACCCACCCCAAGUGUCCGUCUUUCCCAACCAUGUCAAAAAACAGCAAUUUGUAGUCUUAUUUUUGAAGACCAAAAACACAUAAAACUCGGAGGAAGUUCACUAAUACCAAAAAUGAUUAUGAAAACAAAUGACCUUAAGUUUCAAUUUGUAUGACUACUGCGAUCUAAAUAGCAAUACCUAAGUAAUUAUUUAGGUUAAACCUUAGGGUGUUCGUCUUUACCUACUUUCCCCUACAGAUUAUUUACGUAUAUUUCAUACAGAUAUCUGCAUAUACAGAUUACAGAUUUUAUGGAAAUAAUACAGAUUUAUACAGAUGUUUUUGGUUUUCAUGAGGUCGUUUAUCAAACUUCUUGUUACUGUAGAAAAACAAUUCGGGAUUACGAAGCUGCUGAUAUUUGUUUGGUUUUUCGCAUAAGAGAACAAAGGAAAAAAAUAUUUUUUUUUUGUAAACACGCAUACUCUGUCAAUUUAUACGAGAGUUUACGUGAGCGUGAGCAGCCUUCUUUUUGAGCUUCGUAGUCGCGAGUAAUGAGCAUGAAUGCUGCUAAGCGUUUUGGAGGUUUUAUUAUAUUUAUUUGUUACGUGUAAACGUGUGCAUGAAUGACUCACCGAAGUUAUGUUAAACAAGCUGUUUCGCGUUUUUUAAGAAGGAGGUGUUCAGUACAUAGGCAGAUUUUUAUACAGAUAUUUUGGGAUUUAACCAAGGUGGCAAGAUUUUCUGACCCUUAAAAUGCAGAUGAAAAUGUGUCAUAGCUGGUCAUAGGCUCUGCGCGAGCUGUUUCUCGUAGAACUUACGGGUGAUGAAGGUGUUCCAUCGCUUCACGAUCUCGUUCCUCCUGUUGGCGCUUUUUCCUUCGAAGGACCGAGUUCUGCCUGUUCCGCGCACGUUUAUAUCGUUCCACAUUCGCUCUCGUGCGCUGCUGCAGCAUUCUCGCCCGUGCUUCAUUCUUCGCCUCUACCAACUGUUUGCAUUUGCCGUCAAAUCAGUCGUUUUUUUUUUUUUUGAUUCGGGGCGACUGUACCUAGUGCCACUAUAGAUCAUUGCACACGAAACAUACCCUCACUUUUCUGACACUUCCCAUGGGUUUGUUUACAAUGUGUUCCAUUCACUUUUUAUGUGAUAGGAGUAAAAAUGAGUACGAAAAAGAUGGGAAAAUACUCCGCCUAUGCAAAUUCGUUACUGUGAUCUUUUGGUGUAUUCUUGGAAACGUAAUUUUUAACAAGACACUUCCGCAUUUUUAUUUUGGCCGAAAAUUUUACUAUGUAAACAAACCCGCGAAAACUGUCAAAUCCAUUUCUUCUUCUUGUUUUGUGACGUCAUCGUGCAAUGAUCUAUACCCGUGCUACUUAUGGCGGAUCGUAUGUCCCAUCAACCAUCCUCAAAAAAGCCUAGCAGCCAUGGGAUCCCGUAGUUGGUCGAUGUCAGGUCGCGGCGUUUGACUCAAACGCGUGCUGUACACCGUGUUUUGAGCGCAACUGAUAGUCUGAAUCUAUGUUCGCCUUUGCGAUAUAUGCGAAUGUUCCGUCGAUUAGGACGUGGUCAAUAUGCUUUUCCGUACGUUGGUCGUGUACUAUUGCGGCUUACAGCGUUCUCUUUGUCAAAUUUGACCCGUUCGGCUUCCAUGUAAACUUUCCUUGGACCCCUUCGAUUCGGGUCCGAAGAGAAACCGGAAACUGAACCCCGAACCCUGGAUUGACCGGAUAGUUACCUUCGAGAUUUUCUUCAUUUUAGGUUCCGGCAUCGGUUUUAGAGCUCCUUCCUCUGCCUGGGCGAUCCACUACCGAUCCGUAUGUUUUCAGCUUGAGAAUUUUUCCGACCGACCCCUUGCUUUGAAACUGCCCGGUACGAUCCACCGGGAAUCGCUGUUGACAUGACAGCGUUCUCCUUUUUUUUUUUAUUUUACCAAGCGCGAACACGUGUACACAUUGUGUCUUCAAACCACAAGAACAGAUGGCUUGUCCUUCGAGAUAUUUCCUUGCAUACUUCGAAAGCAUAAUGUGUUUCAAAAUCUCUGCCACCUUUCCUCUUCCAGUUGCCGUAUAAUAUUCCUAAUCUGGAAGCUGUUUGAAGUCUGCCUUGACGUAAGUUUCAUCAUCCUGUACCACACAAUCAGGAGCAUCUCCAGCUUGACUUGUUUUUCUUACCGUUACGAUUUGUCACCACCUUUUCGUAAGUCGAUAGUUCGGCACGAUUUUUAGCUCGAUUUACAGUUGCAGACGACACUCUCGGCUUUUUCCCCAACUGAAGAGCAAACGUCAAAACCAAACAAAAGGCAUGAUACUAUAAACACACAUAUUUAAAAUGAGGGUUGUUCGAGUUUUUUUAUACACGAUAAAAAAAAUCUGCAAAUUGAAGUUAACCCAUUUUUGACCUUAACACCUUUUUUUUCGCCUAUUCCCCAUAUGUCAAAAUGCAAAAUGAUGCUGAAAAUGUACGUGUGAAUAAUUAUUCUGCAUGGCUGCUAAACCACAAAUUUAACAAUAUAACAUUCGUAAAACGUUUGAAAAAUAGUAAAUAUUGUUCAACGAAUAAUUGUAAGAUUAUAACUCACAGAAAAAAAAAACAAAAUUCAUCCACCUAGCGGUGCAACCCAGCCUUUCUCUUUCGCACUUAUUAUUUGUCUGAAUAGAUUUACAUGAAACCCUCAAUUUAUAUAAAAAAAAUACACCUUGAUAAUUUCUGCUGGAUUUAUUUUUCACUCUAAAUAACGAAUUUCUGGUAGCCAAAAGCACAACGGUAUAACAUAACUGUUGUUCGGUAUAACAUACACACAUACAGACACACACACAUACAGAAAAUGCUCGGCUCGUCGAACUGAAUCGAGUGAUAUAUGACAUUCGGCUCUUUGGAGCCCUUUUAUAUCUUCGGUUUUGCAAGUGGUUGCUAUACCUUUCUAGGAGAAAGGCAAAUGAGCCUAACGCUAUCAGUCUUUGAAUAUAAAGUACUUCAAAGAAAACAGUUAAAUAGGCAUAUGUUCCGACGGGAAGCUUCUAUUGUAUAUGAUCUAAAAUGAAUUUUCUCGAUCCUUCUAAUCAAUUAGGUUGUUUAGCUUCACCAAUUUCUAUAAAUCAUCUUAAAAAGCUGCGCUUUGAUGCAUUCGAACAGCUCGAAAUCUAUAGAACGACUCAGAAAAUUAGACUCCUUAGCUGAUAGAUAAUAGAAAUACUCAGAGAGGGAUAAGCCAUUUUAGCAACAAGAUUUCACAUGUCAGAGGUGCCAGAUCUUUUCUCAAAGCGCAAUGUUGACUAACUUUUUCAUUCGACUCGUAUAACUGAUGGUGACGGUAGAAGUUCUGGGGAACAAAAAAUGCAUCACAAAAAUCGCGAAGGUGUUAAAUUUUAUGUUUAUGUUUAAUUUCAUAUACUUUCAUCAUAAUUUAUCCUUAUUAUGUUAACCAUAGAAAAGGUUUGUGAACCACCAGUUAUAAAUCACUGUGAUAAAGCAAUUUUGUAGCAGUAUCAAUGCAUUGUUUGGCAAUAGAACAUGAAAAAGUUGUGAAGAUAAAUAUGUCCCUUAUUGUACUUGAUUGAAAUACCUCUCAGUGAGUUACCUUUCUUGUUCGUUUGGCUCGGCUUUGACAUGUUCGAUUGGCUCUCAACAUUCUCUCGGCUUAUCUCUUCCUUUGAAUAUUGCUAAAAUAUAAAGAUCAGAAAACCGUGCAUAGCCAAACAACCCUAUCCACAUUGAUUUGUUCAUAUGAAGCAAUCAAUUACCGAGGUGCAAGACAUGAAAUAAACCGAGAAAGAGCUAAGUGAAGUUGACUCACUUUUUCUGUGUGAACUUAUCACUGCUACCAGAGACAUUUGAUCUACGGAGCCUAUACACCAGAGAGACGCAGAGACACUCACCGUUAAGGCAACUAUCAAAAUCAAAACGGAUAACGGCAAUGCAAAAUUAUUAGUCAGCCUAUACACCAGAGAGACGCCGAGACACUCACCGUUAAGGCAACUGUCAACAUCAAAACGGGCGAGUUGUAUCAUUUUGCAUUGCCGUUAUCCGUUUUGAUGUUGACAGUUGCCUUAACGGUGAGUGCCUUGUCAUUUCUCUAAUGUAUAGGUUCGCUAAAAAUUAUACCGCUCGCCCGUUUUGAUGUUGACAGUUCCCUUAACGGUGAGUGCCCUGUCAUUUCUCUAAUAUACAGGUUCACUAAUUUGAUCUAUUGUGAUAUUGCUCAAGUGUUUUCUGUACUCCGCUUAUCAAAGCGAAUACUGUUACCUUGCGGCAACGGAGCUCCCCUGACACUCAUAAUAAAGGCGAUUCUCCGAUUCUGUAGUAGAACUAGAAAUUCUCAACCACACCUCAAAUGAAGUCUAAAUGAAACACAUUUUAAUUUUCAUGUUCAGUUUUAUUUUGUUUGAAUCUAAAGCAUAUUUAUUUACUCAAAACAGCUUAUUUUAACAAUAUAAAAUAAAAUGAAAACAAUUUUACUUCCAAUUCUAACACUUUGUAAACAAGCUACCGGAUCUGUCAAAAAAUGAGGAUAUGUUUCGUUUCGCGGUGUGGCUACACCCAAACGACACUUUUGACACCGAAAAUGUUUUAUUUGACUUUUCGGACUACCCUUUUUCUGUUUCUCCCUACACCGAAAAAAGCAGAGUGUACUGUAGAAAGUUACCAACACAUUCACACGUAUGUGUCAAAACUGGUUUGUUUUGAUUUUCGUUCCACGUGGUAAAGUAUCAGGUAAAUUUUUUCUCAGCACAUUUGCGAGAUGGACAUAUGAAAUGGAAACGAGACAAAAUGACGAAUGCGAUAAUGACCAAAACAAAACGAAUUGACAGCUAUCCCAUUAUUACGCAUACCAAUGCAAUGACACUGAAAAUGUUUUUUUUUAGCUGCAAGGUAUAGCACGAAAAAAGUGUAGCUACACCGCGAAAACGAAAACGACAACAGACAAACAGACGUGCCAUUCGAUGACAAUUUCAUCGACCAGAAUAAUAACGAUUAUUUUUAAAAUUUUCUUAGUGGGUAAUAAUGCCGCUAGUGUCGCUAUAAGCAAGCGUGCAAAUUCAUUAUCGAAGACAAAAACCGUCAGUAAUGCCGUUGGUGUUAAUUUAAGCAAGCGUGCACACCCAUGAGCAAUUUAUUUAUUUAUUUAUUUAUUUAUUUAUUUAUUUAUUUAUUUAUUUACAAACCAUUAAAAUAUUAGUUGUAGUCUUUGUAUACCAACAUUCGAAGUAUCCAUAUUUGAUGUCAUUUAUUGUUCACUAAAAUUUGGUACAGAUUUUGCGAAUCAAUAGAUUCUUUGUAACGGAAGCAAAUUAGUUCUCCAUGUAGUAUACAUUAGUAAAUCGAAUCCUUUGCGUAACUGAACUCAAUCAUCGUGGCCAAACUAGGCAAUCGUGUAUCACAAACGACUAUUUGUAAAACCUUCGAAACCAAAUAACAGGAAAUUUGCAGUGAAUCAUAGAGAAUGUCCAUAUUUAAAAUACGUCUUCAAUGUAGUUAAAAAUCGAGUAUUUUUCAUAUUGUUCGAACCCAACAACAACAUAUCCUUUAAUAGUUGGUUAUCUCCGAUCCUAAUUAGAACCUUCGAUAUCAACAGAGUUUUAACAUUUCUUUAUAGGUAUUUUUAGGUAUCAAAUAAAGCAUAGUUUUCAUACACUUGAUAUAGAGAAUCGAAAAUAGAUGCGGGGAAACUUGGUCUGUAUAUUUUGUAGCCAGCGUUUUGUGAAAAGAUGGAAACGAGGAUCGCAUACGAAAAACUUAACAGAAAACUGAAAUCGAAUUUAUCGUAGCUAUCACAUAUUUAACGAAGUUGUUUCUUUUGUAAAAUUACUAAAAUUUCUACACUAGUAUUGGCUUACAAACAUCACUGCUCAAAUAAAAAUAAAAUACAGUCGAAAAAUCGAAAAUAUUACCAAUCUAAGCGAUAAGCGUAGCCAGAGGUAUAAUGGGAACAUGUGGUAAAGUGGAUAUUCUAAUUAUUUGUAACAAAAAAAGGUGAAAAGAAAAUCUUGCAAGACCCCAAACAAUUCGGUACUUUUUUGAAGUAAAAAAAGAAAAGCAUUCCGAAAAAUUUAACAUUUCUAUUUUCCACAUUUGCAAUGUGGAAGGUCGGCACUAAGUAUAGGGUAACGGGGGUAUUUUGGCCCACAUGCAUAUUUUGGCCCACCCGGUAACAUUUUACGCAUUUUAUCUGAUAAACUCAAUUAAUAUAAGAAAAUUAUGCAUGCAACAUUGAAUAACACACCCAAGAAUCAUACUACACUAUAAUUUUCGGCGAAAAACUGGCUCUAGGUAGUGUUAUUUUGGAAUUAGUUCAUACAUAUUCGAAGUCAUGGCUGAGUCAACCCAAAGUCAAGAGGAAGUGGUAAUAUACAAGUCAACGUCCGAAAGCUAUUGCAACAAAUAUGUAUGCUUUUGAAACAAUUCGUUGUUUUAGUAACAUCAAUAAAAUGUCAUAGAAACAGUUUGUAUACUCUAACAUGUUGGAAAAAGUUGAAAAAGUGGUUAUACGCAUGGCCGAAAUAUGUUUGCCUCUUUCUGCAGCGAACAUAUUUUGGCCAUGCCAAGUUUUGACAUCUCUUUGUUUACCGUUCGGCCGUUUCACGUGAACAAAGAAGCAGCUUGUGACAAUUUACGAGUAAUUACUUCUAAUUUAUCACAUUUAACGAUAUGAAAUUGGAUGAGAAUGUCUGUUAAACCGCUAUAAGCCAAAUCAUUUCAUUUUUAGAUGCCUAAAAUUUACAAAAAUUCACUGCAGAAGGAUGUUCUCCUCAAACCCACUAUUUUUGCUCUUAAAAUACCGAUGAUGAUCUUAAAUAUAAUUAGUCCGAACUAUUUCCAUACACGUCUGUGGAUAUACAGGUGAGCCAAAGUAAAAAUUUGGUGGACCAAAAUAUGUUUUUAGUACUUCGUAGAAAUUUUGAUAUUUCUAGGAUAUUUUUCAAUAUAUUGCAUUGUUGAACGGUGUAUAUUAAAAUAGACACUUAGCUUUUAACAAUGGUAUAAUAGAGUAGGUAUUUAUGUUGAAAAAUUGUGUUUGUUUUUAAUGAACUGUGCGAACACUUCCCAAAGCUGGCCAAAAUACCCCCGUUACCCUAGAUGAUAGAGAUAAAGUUCGCGUUAUUUUCCAUUUUAUGCAUCAGUAAUCUACGGAAAUGUGCACGUCUUUUCCAUUCGGAGCAAUGCAAAUUUCGCUAUCAUCGGCUAUUAUCGCUGGUUUCAGUAAAAGCCACAAUUGUAAUCAGUUCCAACUCGGGAAAUUAUCAAUAGAUUUUCUGCACAGCUGCUUUCACAAUCAGCUGAGCAAAUGCUUGAAUAUGAUUUUUUCUUCACGAUGUCGUUAAUCAAUCAAUAAAUUGUUAUCGAUGGAAGUCGAAUUUUUGACAGUGAAAAGAAAGACAAGAAAGGCACGUUAUUGCAUGUAAAAAUCAAGCUUUGAAAAAAACGCAAUCUUAUUUCUAGUUUAAUAAAUUAAAAUAAAAGAUAAAUAAAAGACGAGAUCACUGUGAUCAAUUUAAACAUAUACAAUUAGAAUAUUACGUUUAACAUUGAAAAAAUAUUUUGUGUUAUUUUAUCUCGGAAAAUCUUUCGGUAGCGUGAGUUUGGUAACCAAACAUCGUAAUCCGAAGAUCGUUAAGAGUUAUACACCAAGUAAUGUGUAAAUAUAGCAAGCAAAAUGUGCAGAAUUACAGCAGGAAGAAAAUUUAGAAAUAUUUGGCCAGAAAAUCGACAGACUGUCGCUGAUAGAGCAAAAAGUUUGUUUCAAGAUUCAAAUUCCUAUUUAUGAUAGUAAAAUAAAAUUAGUUUUUUCUGUUUUCAAUCUACAGUUGCAUAUAAUUUUUUGUUUACUUAGCAAAUUAUACAGCAGCUGGAGACACUCAUAAUUUUUACAAUUAUCAAUAUCCAAGGUUGAUGGUGAUGUUGUACAUUCGCAUUUUUUUCAUGAUAAGCUUCAUAAUAUUUUAUUUCCAGCAAAUAAUAAAGCUUCAAUACGCUUAAAGUACUAAAGUAUAACAAUACGAAUAAUACAAUAAAUAACAUCGGUUUCCUCGUUAGUAAAUAUGUAAAAACCAAUGAAACGAGGUGCAAACAUUGAAUUUUGGGAAUAAGAGUAACGUCGAUACCUGAAGCUAUCUUUCCAAUCAGAAGCGCUAUAUUUUCCUUCACUAAAUUCUCUAUUAGUCAUGGAAGCCAUCGUGUAACAUAACUUGCGGAAGUUACUAACUCCACACAAUAUCAAGUACAUUUCUGAUCGUCAACCUAUUUCCUUUCGAUCGAUUCAAAACUUUAAGUCACGGACCAUUUUAGGUAUGUAAGCAAAACGAAACAAAACAAGCAUAUAAAUAGAACAAAAAUAAAUGUGUAGGUCGCGAAUAUUCAAGGAAGAAGAAUAAAACUUGUUCUUAGUAUUGCAUAUAGUUAUAUCUCAGAACGAAAUAUGAUAAAAAAUAAGUCAAUUAAAUUGUAUAUUUUUAGAUAAAACGACAUGAUACAAGCAAGAGAUAAAGUUAUUAGAGACUAUUUAUUGAAUUUUCUCUUAGCAUAUGUAGUUCCCCAAAAUUAUAUAAGUAGACAUGACCUAUUGGGAAAGAAUGCAUUCCAGCGAAGUCCAUCACAAACGAAAACCAAAUAUAUGAACAAGUCGAGGGUGGAAGAAACAUUCUGAAAAGCUCGUAAAACUGUACAUUUUGUAAAUACCAUAAAGCAUUUAAAAUGAUACUGUAAUCUCACACUAUUCAAACGAAAAUAUUAUUAAAAAAUCAAGAGGAGGCAUACAGAUAAAAUGAAUUGUAAAAAAUCGUUAUACAAAAAAGCAAACUCGAUCAACUGCUGUGCGAGGGAGGAUGUUAUCACGAAUUUUCCACGUUUCUUCGCUUGUUAAGUAGUUUUAAAUUUUUAUAAUAAUAUAAACACCGACAGUCAAGGGCAAACACAUUUAGGUACAUCAGUUGGUGAUGGGCAAGGUUAGCAUUAAUUGAGAACGACGAAAAUGCACGAACCAGUAGAAGAAAACCAUUUCUACUUGAUUUUUCAUCCCCAGUUUGUUUGCUGCAUCCACACCCACAUGGCAUGAGAUUAGCAGGUGUGUGUUUUAUCACAGAAGAAAUGGGGUGUAACCUAACUGAUAGACAGAUCAUAUUUGAUAAAGGAGUAGAUCCUUAUGCGGGAAUACCCUCUCAAAAUUAACAAACAAAUAACAUAGAAAAUUUUUUAUAAUAGCAAUCAAAUAAGUUUACCUAUAUUUAUCAUGUAGCGAGUUAGUUAGAAUUUUGUUGAAAUAUUGAAAAGUUCUAAUUGAAAUUGAUAGAUAAUUAUUGACAAGGUUGUGUAUUUAUUUGAGAUCAAUAUCAUAAAGAAACGAAACCAAAACAUAGGAGUGUAAAUAAAAAGUAUGUCAUGAAAUUUGAA